AUGCUAUCAAAGGUUUUGAGGAAAGUUGAGCCAAUCAAUUCUAUUGUCAAAGAGGCGAAAGAUGACAUGAAAAACAUGAGAUAUGGUAUGAGGAACAUGGGGAAAAUUGUGUGCUCUCACUCAACUUAUAUUAAAAAAUUAGAGUCCCAACUUAGCCAAAUUUUGGCUACCAUAAACCAAAGGCAAAAAGGUACACUUCCUAGUGAUACAGUGACGAACCCAAAGAAUGAUGGUGAACAUGCUUGCAAGGCAAUCGCUACUAGGAGUGGCAAAGUACUUGGGGAAGAAAAGUUGGUGAAAGAAGAUAUAGUGGUUGAUGAUGAGACACUUAUAGUGGAACUCAUUAUUGUAGAAGAAGAGAACACUCCUAAUAAGAAGCGGGUUAGUGUUGAAAAGCUCGUUGUCAUUGAAGGUGUGCCCGCAAAUGAAGAGAUUAUGGAAGUGUUAACACCCAUCCCAAAACCUCCACUGCCAUUUCCUCAAGGGUUAGAAAAGAAAACGAAUGAUGGGAAAAUCAUUAAGUUCAUUGAAAAAUUGAUGCAACUCUCAAUCAACAUCCCAUUGGUAGAAGCCCUUAAGCAAAUGCCGGGCUAUGCAAAAUUUGUGAAAGAUCUUGUUACCAAAAAGAGACAAGCUAGCUUUGAGAUGAUGGAUGUUACACAUAAUUGUAGUUCCAUUAUCACUAAGGCUUUGGUUUAA